AAAUGAAACUGAGGCAGUUACUAUAAGUCCUGCAACAUGGACCAGAAAGGCUGCAGUGUCUGCAAGGACCAGUGAGGAGACAAGAGAGAGGCAGGAGACAGACUCUGCUCUUUUUGGAAACAUCUUCACCUGCUGAGAACAUCUUGGUCCUUGCUUGGAGGAAACCUCUGGAGCGUCUUCUUGCUGUUUCUCUACUCCUCAGUGAUGGCUACGGGUGUGAAGCUUCUGUGCUGUGCUGCCCUUCUCCUCCUGUGCCUCUGCUAUGUUGUUCAUGGCGGUGAGCAGGCUCUGGACUGCUGUCUGAAGGUCAAGCCAAAGAAGAUCCCCAUGAGCCUGCUGGCCAGCUACCGCGUCCAGGACAAGGCAGAUGGGUGCCGCAUCCAUGCAGUGGUCUUCACCACAGUGAAAGACCGUCAGCUCUGCUCUCCGCCUGAUCUGCAUUGGGUGAAGGACAGGAUGAAAAAGCUGGAUCAGAAGAAGUGGUGCGAGGAGAGCAACUUCCAGGGAGAGGAAUGCGCUAAGUGGAGAAGAUGAGUUAUAUCACCAACUCUUCUAUCACCAACAAUAUGGCAGCUAGCUGACAACAGGAGGCUUAGGAGACGUUUAGGAAGUUAACACGUAGCAUUUGGGAUCUUUAUCUGUGUGCUCUGAAAAUCUUUCUUUUCUUUCACAUCCAUUUGUAAUGCACACCGUUCCGCCAGUGGGCCGCUGUAAUAGUGACUGAAAAAACGUAACUUCCAUAGUACUACACAGCUAUGACAGCCCAAAAGGCCUUUAGUAAUACAUUACGACUUGGUCAUUGCCACUCUGUUAACAGCUAAUUUAGUACAGGGGACAUGUCUUAGUGGGUGAAGGUUUUCUGUGAUUAGGCAUAUAUAUAGCAUUCUUAAAUAGAGGUUUAAGGUGAUUGGACAAUUGUUUUAAAAUGAAACUGACCCUUGUGUUAAAUUUGAGAUAUAGGAAUACAUAUAUUUUUUUUAUGCCGUUUUCUCUUUCUUUUCUUUUUCUUUUUUUUACUAUAGCCUAUAGACUAAUAUAAACAAAAAUAAGGAAUAGACUGGUGUUCCCACAUUUUGAUGUCAGCAUUGGCAUUGGAAUGAUGGUAGCAUGUUGGUGUCAAGACAUUAUCCAAAUGUUGUCACGUUUUGUCAAAAUAAAAAAAGAUGAGAAAGACAA